AACUCCCUCUCUCUCUCUCUCUCUCUCCCUCCUCAGUCUCAUCAGUCUUAAGCUUUUCUUCCCUGCCACACUCAACCAAUACCAAAAUUCCCAAAAAAUCAAAACCCCCCUCAUAUAUAUAUAUAUAUAUAUAACUCCUCAUUAAACCCAGAAACCAAACCCAACCAAACCUCAGAAACCCUUUCACACUACAAUCCCCCUACUCGAUCAGAAGCCAGUUUUCUCUUCGUUUCAGAAACAAUGGAGGGUUUCCGAUACUUUACCGAUACGCCGUCGCAGAACCCUAUUCCCUAUGAUCAAUCCCUAGAAGCUGCUUUCUCUCGCCUGAAUGUCUCAUCCUUCAGCCAGCCGCCGCCGUUUUCCGGCGCCGAUUACAGUUCUGGGUCGGCGCCGAAAUACCCAUCACGCCGCAAUGAACUCAUGCCGGGUGGUUUUGAUGGUGGGGUUUUCGGUCAUUUGGGUCUUGAAGAUUGCUGGGUUGGCUCAGAUACUGAUCAUGGCUUAGGUGGGUUUGGUUCUAGUUUACAUAAACCAUCUGAUUGGUCCCAAGAACCACUCAACAGCUUAUCUGUGGCUGAUUUGCGUGGAAAGAUUGCUUCUUUGUCCAUGGACCAAUACGGGUGUCGGUUCUUUCAGAGAGCUAUGGAGGAUGAGCCGAAAGAGUUCACUGAUAUGAUAUUUGAAGAGGUUGUAGACCACGUGGCCCAUUUGAUCCUGGACCCUUAUGGCAACUAUGUUGUUCAGAAGCUUGUGGAGGUUUGUAGUGAGGAGCAGAGGACACAGAUUCUGUUAAGGUGGACCAAGAAUCCGUUUCAUUUUAUUACUCUUUGCCUUCAUAGCCGUGGGACUCGCUCUGUUCUGAAACUGUUGAAGAAAAUCACUACCCGAGAGCAAAUCUCUGUGUUUGUGAGUGCUCUAAGCUGUGGUGCUGUUGACCUGAGUAUGCACAUCAAUGGUCAACAUAUCAUGGAAUAUUGCUUGAAGAACUUUUCGGAUGAACACAAAAGGUGUCUUCUGAAUGUGGUGAUUGACAACUGUAUUGGAAUUGCAAAAGAUAAGGUUGGUUGUUGCGUGCUACAGCAGUGUGUUGAUUACUGUUAUGGAGAAACAAAAGGACGUCUAAUUGCUGCGAUAAUAGAAGAAGCAUUAAUCCUGGCGCAGGAUCGUUAUGGCAACUAUGUGCUGCAACAUUUACUCGGGUUGAGGGCACCACAAGUCACAUCAAAUCUUCUGAGACAGUUUCAAGGGAAUUAUAUGUUUCUCUCCUGCAGCAAGUAUGGUAGUAAUGUUGUGGAGAAGUGCUUGUUAGAGUCGGGAGAAGAGCAGUCUGCAGAAAUUAUUAGAGAGUUGUGUAGAAGCCCAAAUCUUUCAAUGCUUCUUAUGCAUCCUUUCGGAAACUAUGUCUUCCAGACGGCAUUGUCAGUUUCUAAGGGUCUCACCCACAAGUUUCUGCUGAGUCUGGUUCAACAUUACACCCCAGCUCUGCUCACCAAUCAAUAUGGAAAAAGGGUGCUUGCUUGGCGUGAAAGGAACUUGCGACGUAUGUAGACAGCUAGAUAUGUACAACUAUGAGUACUUUGUAGGAUACUGGUUCUGAAGUAAUUUUCUAGGGAUGGAAGGAUUGUUCAUUUGGAAACGGAAAUAUUGUACUGGAUAAUCGGCGGCUGCGUAGGAGCUAACUUAGUUUUGGCAUAUCAAGGGGGUUCACUUGAGAAAGGGAUGAUACAAUGUCUGUUAUUAAACUGUAGAGUUCUGUAAUCUUCCCGCUGUUGAUUGUUGUACUACAAGGCAAUAACCAUGUUGAAAUUGUUUCUAAUUUCAUCUU